AGCUGAGGUACCCUCCUGCCAUGGUUUCACCCCAGCCAACAACUCAGUCCCAUGGAACCACUGGGUCACUUUUCCACAGAUGACACGAGAGCAAUAUAUAUUAGCAACACAACAGAACAGCCUUCCAAGGACUGAACAUCCUCAGUUUUACCCAGUAGGGAUUUAUGGAUGGCGAAAGAGGUGCUUAUACUUCUUUGUCCUUCUGCUGUUGGUUACCAUGAUUGUUAAUUUAGCAAUGACAAUAUGGAUUUUGAAGGUUAUGAAUUUCACAGUGGAUGGAAUGGGAAAUUUGAGAGUCACUAAAAAAGGAAUACGACUUGAAGGAAUAUCUGAAUUUCUACUUCCACUAUAUGUGAAAGAAAUCCAUUCCCGAAAGGAUAGCCCACUGGUCUUACAGUCUGACAGAAAUGUAACAGUGAAUGCAAGAAAUCACAUGGGACAGUUAACUGGACAACUGACAGUAGGAGCUGAUGCCGUGGAAGCUCAGUGUAAGAGAUUUGAAGUAAGAGCAAGUGAUAGUGGAAAAGUAUUGUUUUCUGCAGAUGAAGAUGAGAUUGUCAUUGGAGCCGACAGACUGAAAGUAACAGGCACGGAAGGGGCAGUGUUUGGGCACUCUGUGGAGACACCCCAUAUCAGAGCAGAACCUUCCCAAGACCUCAAACUUGAAUCUCCUACUAGAUCUUUGGUGAUGGAAGCACCCAGGGGAGUGCAAGUCAACGCAGCUGCAGGAGACUUAAAGGCUACCUGUAGGAAAGAACUGCACUUACAGUCCACAGAAGGGGAGAUAUUUUUAAACGCAGAUACAAUCCGCCUGGGAAAUCUACCAGUGGGGUCCUUUUCAUCCUCCUCCUCCUCCUCCUUCUCCUCCUCCUCCUCACCCAGCUCUUCAGCCCCUCGCCAGACAAUCUAUGAGCUCUGCGCCUGUCCCAAUGGUAAACUUUACCUGUCCCCAGCAGGAGCAGGCUCCACAUGUCAAUCCAGCAGCAACAUCUGCUUGUGGAGCUAG